AAAAAUAUAGUUAAACUUUUGUAUAUAGUAAAAAAAAUAUUAUUAAAUAUUAUUUCUAAUAUAGAUAUCAAAUGGAUACUAGACGUUCCAAUCGAAGUUCGGGGAAACAAACAAAAGAUGUUAAAUUAAAAGGCCAAGAGAUGAGGAACCAAGCUUUGCUAUGCACACCACCCCAAACGAAAUAUUCUAAAAAUGUUUAUUCCCGUAAGUCAGAUGAUUAUGAUGACAUUUAUGAUUCCCAGGAAUCGUCACCCAUUUUACUCAGUACACAAGAAGGAGGUAGAGGCUGUGAGGUCAUUUGGGACUGGCGUAGUCCCAACAGAAGCAAUCUUCAUGUUUUAAACAAUACACCAAAGGCUAAAGAGCGCAAGUCUGGCAAAUUCAAGCUAAAAAGUAUUUCACCAUUGGUAAAUUUGCCGACAAAGAAGCAAUUUAGAAAACCUUUAAACACAAAUUUUAUUGAUAACCUGCAAGCCCAGUUAGCAGAUAUUCAACGAAGAUUUAACUCCAAUAAAACUAAUAAUAUUGAUCCGCCACCACAGCAGAAGCAUGAAGACGUUGAAAGUAACAAUUGUGAUAAUAAAAUCAAAGAAGACGAUAAUGAUACAGUUAUAAUUGAUGAAAAAUCAAAGCAGUUACCUGCACAUAAUUCACCAGACGUUUCUGAAUUUCUGAAAGAUGAUUCAUUCACUGAUUUAUUGAUCCAAUGUAGUCAAGUUGCUGAAAAUGCCAUAAGUAAAGGGAUAAAUAAAGAUUUAACACAUUUGAAAUUGCAUGAGAGUAAUACCCAAAAUUUGAAACCAAGAAGUGAAUCGCCAGACUUGUUUAUGGAAGAAGUACUAUUUGAUCAAAUGGAGCCAGAAGUAACAUUCAUUAACAAUAAGAAGAUAGUAAACACACGAAGCUUACAUACUCCUAAAAGGGCUGUUAAUAGUCCCAAGAUUGUGGCUAUAAGUACUCCAAAAAAAGAUUUAAUUGAGAGAGAAGAAUAUAUAAAUGAUGACUCAUUUGAUGCUAUAUUAUCAACGUUAAGUGAUGAAGCUUUUGUGACAACAGCUGGUUUCAGUGGCAUGCACACUAAGCAAAACAAUGAAAUUAUAACACAAAUUGAGUCAUCUGUUGCAAAAACAUCUCAUAAAAAUUCAGUUGAUCAAAACAAAGAAUCGAACUUCAAUAUCAAACCACACAAAAAUGACUUCAAAUCUAGUUUUAGCAGACACAGCUCUAUGCCUGUAUCUCCUCGAAUUAUAGGUAGCAAAUAUCAGCUUGGCAAUCCUAUCGCCAGACACAAUAGUAUGCCUUAUGGUAAUGAUAAGAAUCACAAGUCUGGUUUUGGUGACAAAAAUGAAGGAAGCACGGAAAGUCUGGGUUAUCAAUCAAGUUCACCUACUAUCCAAUGUACCCCGGACGAAAUCGAAAAGAAACGUCAAGAGGCAUUAAAACGCAAAGAAGCAGCGAGGAUAAGAAAAGAAAUUGAGCGCAAACGAUUAGAGGCUAUAGAGAAACUUCAAAUGAAAUCAAAAUCAAAUCGCAGAAAUUGCAGAUGACAAUGAAAUAUUUUAGAAUAAUGAGAUUCUGACAUUAAAACCUAUUAUUCCAUUUGAAAUUUGUAA